AUGGAUGCGAAGGUGCUGAGCUUCGGCGACGUUCUUCUGCGCGAGUGCGACGUGGCGACGCUGGAGCCGUCGCAAUGGCUUAACGACAAAAUUAUCGAAUUUUACUUCGAAUACCUCUCGCGAACCCUCCUCGGCGCAUCCGACCCCUCCGCUUCUGCCGCCGGCGCUGGCGCUGCCGCUGGGACAGCUAGCAGCAGCGCGGGAGGAGAAAGCAGCAGCAACGGCGCCGGUGGCGGUGCUGGUGCUGCGGCGGGAGGGGAGGGUAACAAUAGCGCCGUGCUGCUGGUGGGGCCGUCGGUGUCGUUUUGGCUCAACAUCUGUCCGAGCGACGAUGACGUCACGGAAACCAUGGCUCCCCUGGGCGUGGAAAACAAGGAGUGGAAAGACGGCAAGCUUUCGGAGGGAACGGAGGAACGGCAGUACCAGUGCAUUCGGAGCCGUCCCAUUCCGCCUCCUCUCUUCCUCCUCGCUUCCUCCUCGCUUCCUGGUCGCUUCCUGGUCGCUUCCUGGUCGCUUCCUCGUUCCUCCUCGCUUCCUCCUCGCUUCCUCCUUGCUUCCUCCUCACUGCCUCCUUCCCUGCCUCCUCCUUCUCGGCUUCCCUUCGCCUCCUAUAAUGCAGCUCCUGACGCGUCAGCGACAAAAAGCGCUCGCUCGGUGCCAUCCUCGUUCAAGAUAUCCUUCCUCGACGCUGAGCCUGCCUCGCUCUCCUCUCCCCUGCUCCCCCUCAUCGCCCUGGCAGUCAACGACAACAACGACCCCACACUCGCAGAGGCAGGCUCGCACUGGAGUCUCCUCCUCUUCAUCAGGUCGCGCCGUCUCUUCCUUCACUUUGACAGCGUCGGCUCGCACAAUCUGCAGGUCGCGACAGCACUCCCCUUCCGUUCUUCGAAAGGCUACCCAACCUGGCCCCUCUCUGUCUCUACCACACACAACUCACCAACACUGCAGGUCGCGUCGUCGCGUCGUCUCUUCCUCCACUUUGACAGCGCCGGCUCGCACAACUUGGAGGCAGCUAAGGGGCUUGCCGAGAAGCUUCAAGCCCUCCUAGGUGUUACUGUGACUGACGACACUUUCCAGUCAGCAUCUACACCUCAACAGCUAAACGGGUAUGACUGUGGGGUGUACGUACUCGCUAUAGCAACGGCCCUCUGCGAGACGGCAUCUGCUGCCCCCGAGGGGAAAGCAUCGGCGGAGGAGCUGGAGAGCUCAGCCAAAGGGGUGGAUGCGGCAGCGGUUACCAAGUUACGGGGAGACGUGAAGCAGCUUAUUCAACACCUGGGGAAGCAAAGCAGAGAGUAA